AACUGGCACGAUGACUGCUAUUGUUACCCCACCGAUUGGGCGACGGCAAAGACGAAUUACUACAUACCGGGAGCAUGUCCACAAGGUCAUACCUAUGCUGGAAUCUACUUUGGACAAUCACUUUCCGCGCCGUACACUUCGGUCAAUUGUUGUCCGAGUGGCAUGGAUCUCUUGGGCACGACCCAAUGUCGCACCCUGAUAACCACACCUACACACGCACUCUUGCCAAACUCGAAGACCAGCACCAUCAGCAAUUUUCCAUUCGCUGGUUUUGCCACUCCCUUGGUGGUCAUUUGGGGUCCGGGGGAUCUGUCAAAGUUUACGCCCAGCGCUGCUCCAGCAAUAGCGGUAGCGAAGCAGGCAAAAGAAGAUGCAGGAACCGUAUCCUCGGGACUUUCCAUUGGAGCAAAAGCUGGCAUCGGUGUCGGAGUGUCCGCUGGUAUUCUCCUGAUGGUAGGAGUGGUCAUCUUCGCAGUGUUCCGAGUCCGGAAAAGGCGGGCUAAGCGACUUGCUCCUAAUUCAUCAGACAAUGGAGACUUCAAGUCGGAGCUUCCUGGAGAUUCGUCUGUGGAGAGAAAGACUAUGGCUGAGCUCGAUGAUCAGGGCGAGAGCAGAGAGAUGGAGGGUGAUGCAAUGUUCCCUGAGCUGGCGCAUCUCAUCAAGAGUUCGGAGCUUGAGGUACCUCACAGAGUCCACGAGUUACCUGGA